GAAACGCGGAAGACAGUGACGUUUGUUGAUUUCUGGAUUUACACACACCGGCGCUAUUUUGAUCAAUCCUAGCAUUUCAGACAUGUUUGUAAGGCAAUGAAAGUGCUGUUUAUGCCACUGUGGGUUAAAGACGUCAAAGAGAGGAGCACGAGCGGCUGUUUGUCCGUCAGAAUCUCAGUGUUCGAUAAGGUUUAUCAGUGGUGAUGGCUAUCCUGUUUGCCGUGGUGGCUCGAGGAUCAACCGUUCUAGCUAAGCAUGCGUGUUUCUCUGGCAACUUUCUGGAAGUGACUGAACAGAUCCUGGCCAAAAUCCCAUCUGAAAACAACAAGCUCACAUAUUCUCACGGCAGCUAUCUUUUCCACUACAUCUGCCAUGAGCGGAUUGUCUAUCUGUGCAUCACUGAUGAUGAGUUUGAGCGGUCCCGUGCGUUUGGCUUCCUCAAUGAGGUAAAAAAGAGAUUUCAGACCACAUAUGGCUCUCGAGCACAGACCGCACUGCCCUACGCCAUGAACAGUGAGUUUUCCAGCACACUGGCUGCACAAAUGAAACAUCACUCAGAUCCCAAAGGCUCAGACCGACUGACAGAAACACAGAUGCAAGUAGAUGACUUGAAAGGCAUUAUGGUGCGGAACAUUGACCUCGCCCUCAUUGACUACAGAGACUUACAAACACAGGACGACAGCAGUGUUUCCUGUUAUGUUCCCGUCAACGUAUCAUCAUCAUCAUCAUCAUCCUCCUCGUCAUGUUGAUGUUACUCGUAUUUGAUUCUUUGGGUUCUUUUCACGGUGUUGUGAUGCAGAUCAACUAGAUGGAGAAUUUAAAGAAGUAAUUCACCAAUAAAUAAAUGUUCUGUC